GUGCGGCCGUUUACUUGCAAAGAGUGUAAUCGUGCUUUCAGUCGACAAGACUCGUUGGCUCGCCAUGAGAAACUCCAUCUGCGUAGAGGGAGCAUGAAAUGUGCCUCGCCUGCUGCCUCGACCUACACGCCGGCCAAAUCGCACGCACUGCAGCAUUUGCUGGCAGCUGAUGAGGAGAUCGACACACGCAGUUAUGUACCACCUUCGGAUCAUGGUACAUCGCAAAGCUGGCAUGAACAACCAUAUCAAGUUGAAUCUGACAUGAUGGAUAUGCAUUGUGCCACGGAUCUCGACUUUCAGUUGAUAUGGCCUGAUUCUGAGGAGUUGUUUCAGUCAAUCAUGUCUACAGAUACUGCGUCGCAGAUUCCAGUGGGCACUCUGCCUUUCCCUCAAGGCUUAGAACAAUUCACACCAACCAGCCUCGACUCGCCCACUUCCUUCGAUGACCGAGGAUCGGCCAUCAAGGCCAUUCCCAAUGGUGGUGGCCACCAGGCUGUCCAUGGAGUCAGCAAGAUGAUCUCGAACCUGGUGAGAGGCUUGAAUCAUGUAGAGUGUUUCCUAGCUGACCUCUUUAGUNCGUCAAGUAUCACCGCAGAAGCAGAGGCUACAUCCAUUACCUCAGUGUUCUUGGAUGAGUGCCUGCACAUGUUCUUCGUUCGCUUCAUACCCACGUUUCCCGUCUUGCAUCGCUCAACCUUCGUAUUCAAGGAAUGUACUCAUCCAGUGCUGCUCAAUUGCAUCGCUAUAGGAUCUUUGUAUCUCGGUCCCAAAGAUUCUAUUGCAAAAGGUGAAGCCCUGUGGCGUCUUUCGCACACAGCAAUCGCGACCUCAUGGCAGAGUCUGAUUACCCAUCGAGGGCCGCACGAUCCGUGUAACGGACUUCAACUCGUGUUGGCUGCCUUGCUCGGUCAGGUCUAUGCAGCACUUUCAAAGAAUCGUGUACUUCGAACGACAUCGCAGAUAUUCCAUGCUCUCGGCUUCUCCUGGGCCAGGCAUUGUGGCAUGUACGAUAACGACACAUUCUCGUUGGAUAGUUUGCCUUCGCUGGACGCGUCCCCUGCGGAAAAGGAUCGCCAGUGGAAAACGUGGGCUGCUCAUGAGAUUAGACGAAGGGUUCUCCUCGCUCAGUACAUACUAGACGGGCUCGUCUCAUCAGCUAGUGGCAACCCUACCUCUGCGCGACACGCUGCUAACCAGCUUGGACUGCCUUGCGAUGAGAGCUUGUUCGAAGCAAAUACCGCGGAUGAGUGGCUAAUCAAGAUGCGAUCACAACCCAAACAGGACAUUUCUUUCCGCAACAUCUUCCGAUCGUUGUUCUUGCCUGUCGACAUGGGAAGAUUACCAGACCAUACUCUAACCUCUUUCUCAUUGCGUGUAAUCUUGGAAGGCGUGCAGUCACUCGUCUCGGAAUCCACAGAUGGACCCUCAGUAGGCGUUCCAACCCGCUCUGAGAUCCGCAGAGCGUUGGCCCAGGUUCACGAAAGCGUCACCAAGAAUGCGAUAUCUACUCCGGAGACGCUUGAGGCUCUGUUGCGAUGGCACUCGAUCUGCCUCGAUGCGGCCACGGACUCAUCCAUGCUAUGCCGCCAUCUCUGCGUUCGCUACAACAUCCCACAGCAUGUGCUGGGAGGUAACAAAAGCCUCAAGGCAGGGCUAGAUCUGGUCGCCUGGGCAAAGACUGAAGACGCACGCAGAGCGUUGCUCCAUGCUGUCGCUAUUCAGGACAUCGUUGAGCAGCUUCCUCGUGGUCGUGCUCACGUACUUCAUAUGCCUAGUUCGCUGUUCGCUGCGGCCACGGUGUACAGUGUGUUCUCACUAGCAGGGCAUACAACGGUCAACCUGCCCCGUGUCGUCGACUGGACGGAUGCACUCUUCACAGAAGUCGACCCAUGUGUCAUUCUUGGUGACCUCGCAGGCACAUCGGCGGGAUCGAGCACGACGAGAAGAUUCGUUCGUGGCGAGAAGCUCUCCGGCAGUGGCUACGAAUCUUUGACUCGCAACUUGUUAUACGAGCUCAACUCGAUGCAAAAGCUGUUCCGUUGUCUCAGCUCACAGUGGGGGCUCGCAUACGACAUGGAGUCUUUGUUGAAUUCGUGGAUAUCUCUUUGUCAC